UUUUCUCCACAGUGGGUCACGUUUCUUUUCUGUCCAGUUUCUACCGGAACAAAAGACAGUGUGGCGGGAGGCUGCGGAUCUGCUGUUCGAGCCUUAACAAAAGAAGAAGAAGAAGAAGAAGAAGAAGAAGAAGAAGAAGAAGUGAGAAACCGUUCGCACACAUAUCCAGUGAUGGUUUGCUGUACAAACCAGAGUAUGUGGCUGCAGCUACGAUCUCCACCCCUCCUACCAAGCCUCUGACACUCUGGAUGAACAUCAGACCCUGUGCUCACCCUCUGACCUUAACUUCCUGCUGUAAUGGAGAAUUGCAGCCUGCUGUCCCUCACCGUGGCCUUGCUGGGUUUUCUGAGCCCGUGUCUGACGAGACAGACUCCCAGAGUCUCCUUCCCUAUGGGUAGCCCUGGGAGACAUCUCACCCGCUUCAGCAGCCAUGAUGUCCGCAACACCACCACACUGCUGCUCAGUGAGGGCGGAGACAUGCUGUAUGUAGGAGCCCGUGAUGCUGUGCUGGCACUGGACGUUAGCCACAAGGACGCCAUCAUACUGAGGAACAAGCUGGACUGGAGCCCUUCAGACAAAGAUCUUGAACAAUGUUCCAUGAAAGGCAAGAAAAUGGCUGACUGUCCCAAUUUCAUUCGUGUGCUGCAGUUCCUGAACACGUCCCACAUCUACGCCUGUGGAACCUUUGCCUUCAGUCCACGCUGCACUUACAUUAACUCAGAGACGUUAACAAUGAGCAUCAAGCCUGAUGAAGGCAGAGGUCGCUGCCCCUAUGACCCCUAUCAACGCAACACUGCCAUCAUCGUAGACGGAGAGCUUUAUACUGGGACGGUGGCAGACUACAGGGGGAACCGGCCGGUCAUCUCCCGGCACCUCAGCGAGGGCAGGCGCGUUGACCUGAAGUUGGAUGACACCUUAGGAUGGCUGGAGGAUCCAACCUUCAUCAGCUCCAGCUUCGUCCCUGAUGAGGAGAAAAUCUACUUCUUCUUCAGUGAAGUGGGCAGGGAGUACGACUUCAUUGACAAGUUUAUCGUCUCUCGUGUCUCUCAGAUCUGCAUGAGUGAUGUGGGGGGCCAGCGGACCCUGCAGCGACGCUGGACCACCUUUGCCAAAGCUCAGCUGCUGUGCCAGGCCGACAGUGAGCUACCCUACAACGUGCUCCAGGACAUCGACACCCUCCCACCAGCAGAGGGUGCUCCUGCAGAUGACACCCUGUUUUAUGGCAUCUUCACUUCACAGUGGUCUGUCAACUCUGGACGGUCGGCAGUGUGCGCGUUCCGUCUGAAUGACAUCAAAUCAGCUUUCUCUGGUAACUACAAAGUCCUGAACCGGGACACGCUGCAGUGGAGCACACGGGUUCAAGAGAAGGUCGCCAAUCCAGGAGAGUGUGGUCUGCACAACGCUUCAGACAACGCCCUGCGCUUCGUCAAAGAAAACUUCCUGGCGGACGAGAGUGUGCGGCCAGUUGGGAGAAGUCUGACCAUGGUGUCCGCUGAGCACAACUACAGCCAUCUGACCGUGCAGAGAGUCCAGGCCGCCAACAACAGGGACUACACGGUCCUCUUUCUGCUUACAGAGUCCGGUUACCUACACAAAGCAGUGCUGCUGCAGAGCGGGGCCCACAUCGUCGAGGAGGUCCAGGUUUUUGAGCAGCCUCAACCUGUCAAGAGCCUGAAGCUCUCCAUACCCAAGGGUGUGAUAUAUGUUGGCACAUCAGAGGGUGUGGUGAGGGUUCCAACAGCGAACUGCUCCUUUUACUGGACCUGCGCUCAAUGUGUUCUGGCCCGAGACCCCUUCUGUGGUUGGGACCCUGCCAACAGGGCCUGUGUGGAGGUCUCUAAUGCUCAGACCAGUCUAGGCCAGGACAUAGACAGAGGAAAUGUUGAGGACGCGUGCAACAGUGUUACUUUAACACACAGAGCCAGAUUUGGUCCAAACAAACUGCCCGCAGCCUCAUGUCCUGCAGGUGAGCUGGUGUCAGUGUCUCUGAAUGAAGUGGUUCGGCUGCUGUGUCCCGCGGCGUCACGGCUGUCCCAGCAAAUGUGGGAGCGCCCCAACAGCCGGCUGUCCUCAGACCUGUACCUGCACCUCGGGGACGGGAGUCUGAGCUUUGUGGCCACCCCGGCAACGCUAGGCCACUACCUCUGUCUGUCCACUGAGAACGGCUACCAACAGACUAUGGCCAUCUAUCAUGUGAAGCAGAAGAGCAGCCCCGUGGCUCAAACUCCAACCAGCUACGCCCGGCCUCAGACGCACCCCGUCCCCACAACACAGGCAGUGGCCAGGCCUGGAUCUGGACUGUACACCUCUGUGGGUAUUUGGCAUAAAAGAAAAGAAACUAGACAAGGAGAGGCUGAGCCAACACUGUCCGGCAGGGACACUCAGGUCAUCACCAGACAGCUGGGCAGGAACGUGACCCUGUGGACACGGGAAUCUGAGCAGAAAGAAGCAGGACCCAGGCUGGACGGGGAGCCCGUGCAGUCGCCUCGAGGCCCCUGCUAUUUAAAGGAGCUAGUGGUUGUUUCAGUUCUGCUGGUGCUCUGCCUCAGUUUGCUCAUCACCAUGCUUUUAUAUGUCAUCAGACAGCGCUGCCGCAGCCGAACAGCCCCACAGGCGGGAACUCCAACCCGAGACUCUGACAGAAGGACCCCUGUGGAGCAGGAGGCCCUCAGGGGCAACCAGUUUCUGAGUAAACGCAAUGGGCCGGCCCCGCACAGCGGACAGGCCAGCGGCUUAGGCUGUAACGGGGCACUCACAGGUACUAAUGGACAUUUGCCCAACACGCCCAUCUGAACAGUCCCAGACUAUUUAAGCUGUUACAGAUGAGACCAGAGGUGAGAGGGGGAGUGGGGGUGGGGCCUGUCAGUCAGUGGGGCCUGUCAGUCAGCCCAGUGACAUGCUUCCAUUUUGGAUCUAAUAGAAUGAGAGACAAUCUUCCUGUGGUACGUAAACACAGACAGAGGCUGUGAUGUUGUGAAUGUUUCACAGUACAGCUGUUUCUAUAGAAUAGUCCGUCAGACUUUAUACAUACAUGACAGACCAGACAGGGCUGUGUAUGAAACACAACUGAAGCCCACGUUAUGUUCAAUGGCAAAGUCUUCCCUCAGUCCAGUCCAGGCCAGUCCAGUCCAGUGAGUACGACGUCACAGAGAGCAGAACGGGUCCAGGAGGCUUGUUGAUCAUUUCUUUGUGAGAUGGUAUUAAAAACGCAGAAUGUGAAUGUGCCUUGGCGACAGUUUGGGGUGAUGUUUGGUGGAAAUGUUGGUCCACUCUUACUGAUAUCCUCUGCAUCCUACGCACUGGGCCACUCGGACACAACAUAAACAAUAAACGUGCAUCUAUAACCUCUUCUACUGCGACACAGUGCUUGCAGCAUCAUGUAAAGAAAGCCGGGGUGCAUCACAUUUGCCUUAUUUCAUAUCUCCUCGCUUUGCUGCGUGACCCAGACAUUGAUCUGGUCUACCCUGAUGGAAGGAAGUCGUCUCCGUUCCCUUGUUUCCUUCUUCUUCCCUGAAGUCUUUCAUGGAUGGACACACCCCUUUAUUAGCGACUGGACGCAGCGGCUGAUUGGACUGAUCUGAUGCCACAGUUUUAAUGCGAGAUACAUAACAGGUUCAGCUCAGGUGGAAUAUCACCAGCAGCGAUCGGCUCUGUGGUGAGUGUGGGUAUGAUGAAUAGAAAGAAUGUUCUUCUGUAACCAGUAUGGUGUAUAAUACAGAUGGGGAGAGGAGAACAGUAAAAACCAUGUGAUAAAAUAUUUGUUUCCAUGAGGCUGAACAUCCCAGUGCAUCAGGUAGAAAGUAUAUUUUGAUGUGAAAUUUAUUUACAUCAUUUCCACUCUCUAAGAGGUACGCUCAACUUACAUGGUUUCUACAAAUGACAAGGCGUUGUCACGGUAACCUGGAUGCUUACAGAAGAGGCUUGCAAUUGUGCUUUUGAUUGUUUGUGCAGAAACUUUCCAAACUGUGAUCUGACAAUCUGUUCCCAAUCUAAAUAAAAAAAAAAAAAAAUCAGGUUUUGAACGUAUGUGCAGCCAGUUGUCAGACAGUUUAUUGAAAGGGGACACAUGCUGGAGGACAUCACUCCCAACUUGACAA